GGGAAGAGGCGGUCCAUUGUGGCUGCCUCUACUGCCGCAUCGUUCAAGUCGUCUUCUCGCGUUGCUCGUAACGAUGCUAGGAGACUUUGUAGUUGGUUGAGGACACGUCGAGGUAAGGGGGCGUGGCCCAUCCGCCAGUGUUGCAGAUGAUACAAAGAUGGAAGCUGUUAACUCAGGAAAAGAGAAGACUCCUAGAGAUCCAGAGACCUGUGACAUUCCUUUCUAUAUAUCUGAAUUUGUGGAAAAGGAGGUUGGAAAUGACUAUGAUUCUUUAAGCAGGCUUGGCACACUUAUUGAAAAGCUGUCAGAAAAUAAACUAAAAUUAGAAGAACAGGUGCUUACAGUUUCAUCAGAAGUUCCAAAAAGAAUUCAGAAGGCCUUACAGAAUGCGGAAAAUUCUAAGAAGUCUCUCAGCCAGUUUCUCAAAGAAGAAAGAGUUUUGCAUGAUUCAAUUACCAGUCAUCUGUUGAUGUCCAAGUCAUGGAUGGAGAAUCUUGGUGUACUAAUAAAUCAGAUAAAAGAAGUUGAGCGACAUCUUGCUUAUUUAAAAUGGAUUUCACAAAUAGAGGAAUUAAGUGAUAACAUUCAGCAGUAUCUCAUGACCAACAAUGUUCCUGAGGCUGCAACUACCUUGGCCUCUAUGGCCGAACUGGACAUCAAGCUGCAGGAGUCAUCUUGUUCUCAUCUUCUUACUUUUAUCCGAUCUACAGUCCAGUUCUGGCAUAAAAUUCUGAAGGAUAAACUAUCCAGUGAUUUUGAGGAGACUUUAGCUCACCUUCAUUGGCCAUUUAUUGGUCCAGCACAGUCCCAGCCUUUUGGCUUGGCUACAUCACCAGCCAGUGCGCAAGAAGCAUACGAUAACUUGGAGACCCUGUUUUCUCAACUUAUGAAACUACAAACGUCAGAUGAACUGUUAACCAAACCGAAGCAGCUUCCAGAAAAGUAUACUCUGCCUCCAUCUCCACCUAUUGUAUUGCCUAUGCAGAUUAUGCUGGCUCCUCUUCAGAAAAGAUUCAAGUAUCAUUUUUCAGGGAACAGACAAACCAAUGUUUUAAGCAAGCCUGAAUGGUACUUAACACAAGUGCUUAUGUGGAUUGGAAACCAUGCUAAAUUUCUUGAUGACAAAAUCCAGCCAGUAUUGGAUAAAGCAGGCUUUCCAGUGAACGCAAGGCUGGAAUUUUCUCGAGCUUUGGUGAUGUUGAUUCUGGAGAAGCUGGCUGCCGAUAUUCCCUGUCUGUUGUAUGAUGACAAUCUCUUCUGUCAUCUGGUGGAUGAGGUGCUUCUGUUUGAGAGAGAGCUACACACUGUUCAUGGAUAUCUCAGUAGCUUCCCCAGCUGUAUGCACAUUUUAUCAGAAGAAGCCUGUUUUCAGAGGUGGUUAACUGUGGAAAGAAAAUUUGCCCUUCAAAAGAUGGACUCUAUGCUUUCAUCUGAAGCUGCUUGGAUAUCACAAUAUAAAGAUAUCACUGAUGUCGAUGAAAUGAAAGUCCCAGACUGUGCUGAAACUUUUAUGACCUUGUUACUGGUUAUCACAGACAGGUAUAAGAAUCUUCCUACAGCUGCUAGAAAGCUACAGUUCCUAGAGUUGCAGAAAGAUUUGGUGGAUGACUUCAGGAUACGACUAACUCAAGUUAUGAAGGAAGAGAGUAGAGCACCUUUAGCCUUCCGAUACUGUGCAAUCCUAAAUGCUGUUAACUACAUAGCAACAAUUCUAGCAGACUGGGCUGACAAUGUUUUCUUCCUGCAGCUCCAACAGGCCGCCCUGGAAGUCUGUGCAGACAGCAGUGCACUAAGCAAGCUCCAGCUGGGGCAGCUGGCUUCAAUGGAGACCUCUGUCUUUGAUGACAUGAUUAACCUCCUUGAGCGGCUAAAACAUGACAUGCUGACCCGUCAAGAAGACCAUGUCUUCAGGGAGGUCAAAGAUGCUGCCAAGAUAUACAAGAAAGAACGGUGGCUUUCUUUACCAUCCCAAUCAGAACAGGCAGUAAUGUCUUUGUCAAGCAGCGCCUGUCCCCUGCUACUGACUUUAAGAGACAGGCUGCUACAGCUAGAACAGCAGCUUUGUUAUUCACUGUUCAAAGGCUUCUGGCAAAUGCUUGCAGAGAAAGUGGACUUAUUCAUCUAUCAGGAAAUAAUUUUGGCCAAUCACUUCAAUGAAGGAGGAGCUGCACAACUCCAAUUUGACAUGACUAGGAAUCUGUUUCCUUUAUUUUCACAUUACUGCAAACGACCAGAAAAUUAUUUCAAACAUAUAAAGGAGGCCUGUAUUGUACUGAACUUAACCGUUGGCUCAGCCUUGCUUCUGAAAGAUGUGCUGCAAUCAGCUGCUGAAAACAGAUUGGGAAAUGUUCUUAAUUCAAAUCAGCCUACCGCAGUGGCAGCAUUAAAUGAACUUGGAAUCUACAAAUUAGCUCAGCAGGAUGUUGAGAUUCUCCUUAAUUUGAGAACAAGCUGGCCAAAUACUGGAAAAUAAGAAGAAAUCCCAGAAAGAGUGACUGUUGUAUUCUAUAAAACAACGCAUAACUUAUCUGCGAUAUUUUGUAAUUUAUUUGUAAAAAGUAGCUGUAACUUUUUGAGCAUAACAACUGCCUAAUUCUAUUUUUAAGAAACUUAACAGUUGUAACAUGGGUGAACUCCAGCUGCCUAAAGAAAGCUUUUAACUACCUCUAGGUAGAAUUCAUAGGACAUGAUAUUUUGUUAUGACACAAUCCAUUUUCCCAAGUGAAGUGAGUCCUUUAAAACAGUCCUAUAGAUGUAAAGGUGAGAUUUUUUUUCCUUAAGUAUGAGCUAAAGUUGAAUUACACUCUAUUUUUGGCUGUUUUGUUAUUCAGAUUUCCCUUAGUUCCUCCUAACUCUCACUUUCAAAAAGGCAUUAUGCUUUUGGAUAAAUACUGAGCCAGCCUUUGCAGCAGGCGUGUCUGUUCCCAACAUUGGGCUAUGAUAGAAUACCUGAUCUGUAGCAAACACUGUGGUUGCCAACCAUUCUGUUCAUGAACAAGAACCUAACUAUGAUGUUAAAUAGUAGUGCAUUGAAGAAGAUUGGGAGAAGUGCUCUGAAGUAUUUCUGUCAUAAUACUAUGUUAUUAAGUUUACAGAUGUAUAAAGAAACGAAUUAAUAACAACUCUACAUUCCAUGUAA